AUGAAGUUCCUGCUGAAGAAAUGUUUGCGUAAGAAGGCGCCCGAAAUGAAACCGGGCGCCAUUUUGGACGCCGUCAUCUCACAAUCCUCGGCGAGCGCCUGCAAGUGUCUGCUCUACAAACUGGCGGAUUACAAGAGGGGCGGGGAUCUGAUCGAUGCGAUCAAUACGGGCGGAUUGAUAGCCGUGGAGCAGCUGAUCAGGGAUCAGUUUGGGGUGUUUAUGUAUAAUGAUGGCAAGGGUCAGGUCAUCAAUCGGGCGGAGUUCUUGCGCUGGAAGUAUCGCGAUCAUACGGAGGUGACCAUACCGAUUGAGGCAUCACUAUCGAUACACGAUCCUCUGGGCAAGUGGGAGGAUCACAAGGCCUGCUGGCAGAUGCAAUAUCGUGGCGCUCUGGGCGAGAGUCUGCUCCAUGUGCUCAUCAUCUGUGACUCGAAGAUACACACGAAGCUCGCCCGUGUGCUGCUCCGUGUCUUUCCCAAUCUCGCUCUGGAUGUGAUGGAGGGGGAGGAGUAUCUGGGUGCCAGUGCACUGCAUCUGUCCAUUGCCUACAGCAACAAUGAGCUUGUCGCCGAUCUCAUCGAGGCGGGUGCGGAUAUCAAUCAACGUGCCAUCGGUAGCUUCUUUCUGCCACGUGAUCAGCAGCGCAUGAAUCCGGCCAAGAGCACCGACUACGAGGGAUUGGCCUACAUGGGUGAGUAUCCACUUGCCUGGGCCGCCUGCUGUGCCAACGAGAGUGUCUACAAUCUCCUUGUGGAUUGCGGUGCCGAUCCGGAUGCCCAGGAUUCCUUUGGCAACAUGAUACUCCACAUGGUCGUCGUCUGCGAUAAGCUGGACAUGUUCGGCUAUGCUCUCAGGCAUCCCAAGACUCCAGCCAAGAAUGGCAUUGUCAAUCAGACGGGACUGACGCCCCUCACCCUCGCCUGCAAGCUGGGACGUGCCGAGGUCUUUCGCGAAAUGUUGGAGCUAUCCGCUAGAGAAUUCUGGCGUUACAGUAACAUCACCUGCUCCGGAUAUCCAUUAAAUGCCCUGGAUACUCUCCUGCCCGACGGUCGCACAAACUGGAACUCGGCACUGUUUAUCAUCCUAAACGGUACAAAGCCGGAGCAUCUGGACAUGUUGGAUGGCGGCAUUAUCCAACGUCUGCUGGAGGAGAAGUGGAAGACCUUUGCACAGAAUCAGUUCCUCAAGCGUCUGCUCAUUCUGUCUACACACUUACUCUGCCUUACCGUGUCUGUCUAUUUGCGUCCGGCACACGAUGGCGAUGACCUGGACGAGGGCGGAGAUCAGGCGGAUGCGCCAGCGACAGCAGCGCUCAAGGAUGGACAGCGAGAACUUAAUGGUAAUGGUGCGGAUGGAGAUGGGGAUGGUAAUGGGGAUGGGGGUGAUUAUAAUGCUCAGACUGUGGCGAGAUAUUGUGCCGAGCUGGCGACCAUUGCCGGCGUACUGAGCUAUGUGAUCUUUCAGCAGGGUGACGAGAUCAAGAAUCAAGGAUUGUCCGCAUUUCUCAAGCAGCUGUCCCAUGCGCCGGCCAAGGCAAUCUUUUUGUUUUCCAAUCUUCUGAUCCUCGCCUGCAUUCCAUUUCGUCUCAUUGGCGACACGGACACUGAGGAGGCCAUUCUCAUCUUUGCCGUGCCCGGCAGUUGGUUUCUUCUCAUGUUUUUCGCCGGCGCUAUUCGACUCACUGGACCGUUUGUCACCAUGAUAUACUCGAUGAUAACGGGUGAUAUGUUCACCUUUGGCAUCAUUUACUCCAUUGUAUUGUGCGGCUUCUCGCAGGCCUUCUACUUCCUCUACAAGGGACAUCCCCAGGUGCAGUCGACCAUGUUCAAUACCUACACUAGCACCUGGAUGGCUCUCUUUCAGACCACACUGGGUGACUACAAUUAUCCCGAUUUAAAUCAGACAACUUAUCCGAAUCUGUCGAAGACUGUCUUUGUCAUCUUCAUGAUAUUCGUGCCGAUUCUGUUGCUCAACAUGUUGAUUGCCAUGAUGGGCAACACUUAUGUGACCGUCAUUGAGCAGUCGGAAAAGGAAUGGAUGAAGCAGUGGGCCAAGAUUGUUGUCACGUUGGAGCGUGCUGUGCCACAGUCGGAUGCCAAGGGUUAUUUGGAGGCGUACUCCAUACCACUGGGUCCUGCGGAUGAUACGGGCUUUGAGGUGCGUGGUGUGAUGGUCAUCAAGAGCAAGAGCAAAACCAGAGCCAAGCAGCGCAAGGGCGCUGUUUCCAAUUGGAAGCGCGUUGGACGCGUCACGUUGACGGCGUUGAAGAAGCGCGGCAUGACGGGGGAGGAGAUGCGUCGGUUGAUGUGGGGACGCGCCUCGAUCUCGAGUCCGGUUAAGGUGACCAAACAGAAGCUCAAGGAUCCCUACAAUCUGCACACCGAAUCCGAUUUCACCAAUGCCAUGGACAUGCUCAGCUUUGCCAAUAAUCCUGCGGCCAGCAAUGGUGUCCAGUUGCGUGCGGCAACAACAACAACAACAGCAGCAGCAGCAACAGCUGUCGCUGCCGCCGCUCCAGAUCCGUUUCGUGAGCUAAUCCUCAUGUCGGAUCAACGCCCGGACACCCAUGAUCCACACUACUUUGCUGGUCUGCAGCAGCUGGCGAAUAAAGCCUUCGAUCUGGUCGAGCAGACGCUGAAGACGCAACCGCAGCUGGCCAAGAAGACAGCUGUGCCGGCAGUGGGAGCUGCAGUUGCUCCAGCCCAGCCCCCAGCAGCUGAAACCCAGAAAAACCCAGAAAUUGCUUCUCCUGCUAUGGUCAUGCCCAUGCCGGGCAAUCUGACGAAUUUGUUUCAAGAUCCCAAGGAUAUUGUGGAUCCCAAGAAGCUGGAGGAGUUCAUGAACAUGCUGGCCGAGGUGGAGACGGAGGAGAGCGACAGCGGUGGUCCCAUUCUCGGCAAGCUCUCGCUGGCCAAGCGCACACACAAUGCGCUCUCCAAGGCGGACAUCAAGCGCACGUCCAACUUCGAUGGCAAACCCAUGUCCUCGGUGUGGGGACAACAGCUGCCGGAUCUCGACCUGGAGCCGGCCUUUAAUUUCGAGGAGGCUGUGGCCGAGGAGGUGCUGACCAUUGAACAGGAGGCCGAGGUGGAAACCGAGGAUGGCAAUGGCAACCACGAGGAUAGCGAGGAUUUGCCCACAACGGAGCAGGUGCAUGCCACCAUGAAACAGUUCCAUUUACGCAAAUGCCAACCUGCCCAGGAUGAGGCAGCGCGUCGUGCCAAAAGCGCGCGAAUUCGUCGGAAAAACAAGGUAUCUCCCGAGCAGAGCGAUGCGGAGCUGGAGAGCAAACGUCAGCAGGCGUCACGUGGUCGCUCGGCACAUGGACGCAAAGCGGAAUCCCCUCCAGAUCCCCUGGAGCCUUGGAGCACGCGAGAGCUGCAGGACAUCAACAAGAUACUCGCCAAGAAGAAAUAAGAGUUGCACAUACAUACGUUAUCCUGGCACAUAAAUCAAUUCGGUUUUGCGUAUAAUUUUUUAAGAUUUUCUUCUUCUUGCUUAAACAUAAUAAUUCAUAAUUUAUUAAAUAUCUUCGGCUAUACGCACCAAAGUUUGCACAAUAAAAUAUACUUGCAGCAUAUACAUAUAUGAAAUUUAUACAACGCUCCAGUCGAGAGUGCUCGACUACGAGAUACCCUUUCUUCUACACGCUCUGUACAAUUUAUUUCCUGAAUAAUUUCUGUUCAUUGCUUAAAAUUCGUUUUUUAUUUUCUCGUUUUGCGGUUGAGUCUAAAAAUUAAAACUUGAUCUACGGUUAAAAAAUUAUUAUAUUUGUAGUCAGACAAACGGACAUU